CCCGACUGUCAAUGCGCAGUGACUCUGCAGCAGUCGCCGCGGUAGCAUCGCGCGCUCCGCCCCCGGCACCAUGCCCGGCCGCCCCAACCUGAGCUAAGCCCCUUCGAAGCCCGAGCUCCAUCAUCCCACCCCGGCGGCUAUGGAAGGGGGAGCCGGCUCGGGCCCUAACCCCGGGGGGCAGGAGUCCCCGAACCGGGCCGUUGAGUACCUGCUGGAGCUCAAUAACAUCAUCGAGAGCCAGCAGAAACUACUGGAGACCCAGCGGCGCCGCAUUGAGGAGCUGGAGGUGCAGCUGGACCGGGUCAGCCAGGAGAACCGGGAGCUGAGGGAGAACCGGGUGGAGCAGCACCGCUCAGACUAUAGGGAAGCGGUGGCGGGAGGAGGCUGCGGCGGCUACGGGCAUCACCAUCACCCGCAGCACCACCACCACCCGCCGCAGCAGCAGCAGCAGCACCACCACCGCGGAGAGAACCAGCCAGGGUACCAGGCAGCCUACUCCACACCGCCGCACCACCACCGUGCCCGGGAGACCCCGCGAUCUAACCGGGCCACCUCUCGCAGCUCCAGCCCGGGAGCCGGACACAGCACCACCAACAGCCCGGCCACCACCCUGCAAAGAAAAUGUGGUGCUCUAUCUGUGUACCAGGAGGCUCAGGAUGAACAGUGUUCUAUGUCCCAUCAGGAUAGGUCUGACGGAGAGAACUCCAGGACGGUGAGCGUUGAAGGUGGCGACUCUCUUGGCAGCGAAUCUGGAACAAUUGUUGACAGUCCAUGCCAGCAGCCCCCCUACCGUGGAGAGGUGAAAAGCGAUCACUACGACUUGCCAUCACCCACCCGUCACCCGUCUCACCCAGGACUCCAGUGGAGUCAAAGGGCCAGACUACAGCCCGCCAGCGUUGCCUUGCGCAAACAGGAAGAAGAAGAGAAUAAAAGAUCCAAAGCCUUGUCUGACAGCUAUGAAUUGUCUUCUGACCUCCAGGACAAGAAGGUGGAAAUGCUGGAGAGGAAGUAUGGGGGCUAUUUCCUCAGCCGGCGAGCAGCUCGCACCAUCCAGACCGCAUUCAGACAAUAUCGCAUGAAUAAGAACUUUGAACGUCUACGCAGCUCUGCUUCUGAGAGCCGCAUGUCCCGUCGGAUCAUCCUAUCCAACAUGCGCAUGCAGUACUCCUUUGAGGAGUACGACAAGACCCACAACACCCCAUACUUCCAGGGCAAACCCGUGUCAUUGGACGAAGGGGUAGCUGCAUGUCGUGGGCAGGGGGAGCGAGGUCUUCAGUAUGGGGUUUCCUGCAGCGGUAUGGACGGUGAUUCAAUCAACACCUCGGGGGAGUUUUCCAAUGAGAUCACAGAGCUGGAGGAUUCCUUUUCCAAACAGGUAAAGUCUCUGGCGGAGUCGAUAGACGACGCUCUAAGCUGCCGAUCUAUGCACUGCGCCGAUGAAAAGGGGAGUCUGGAAAAAGGCGAAAGCAAAGAGCAACACGGAGACAGCACUGCUACUUCAUUCAGCGAUGUCACCCUCUACAUGGACGAGGGCGUGCCGGUGUCGCCCCUUUCUCUGGAUAGACCUCCAAGCUCCGAUCAGGACACUCCACAAGGAACUAGUUCUCGGCAAGAAUACUGGGCCACUUCCUCCUCCCGGGAAGACAGUCGGGAAAACGGCAGCAGGCGGAGCACGCCCUGCAUGGAGUGCCGAGACUUUCGAAUGAGGGGGGCUCACCUUCCUUUGCUCACUAUUGAGCCCCCUAGUGAUAGUUCUGUAGAUCUGAGUGACAGGUCAGACCGAGGGUCUCUGAAUAGGCAGGUUGUGUAUGAACAAGAGAACUGCAGCCCACACGGGACUCUCAAACAAGCACCUCACAAAGGACCCGCCCGCUCCCCACAUCCGCAUCGCCAUUACCACCCAGAUCCUCCGCCUCCCUCUUCGGACUCUGGAGGUGGGAAUAAUGGUACACAGGUGGGAGUCGGAGGUGGCAUGGGAGGGGUACGGCAUCUUCACCACGGCAAACAGGAACUUGGGGAAAACUCUGAUGGGGAUAACGAAAGUCUAAAUAGUACCACCAACUCCAACGAAACCAUCAACUGCAGCUCCGGCUCCUCUUCCCAUGAUAGUCUGCGGGAGCCCCCCAACACGCUGUGUAAGCAGACGUACCAGAGGGAGACCAGGCACAGCUGGGACUCGCCCGCUUUCAACAAUGAUGUGGUCCAGAGGAGACAGUACCGCAUCGGCCUCAACCUGUUCAACAAAAAGCCAGAAAAAGGGAUCCAGUACUUGAUUGAAAGGGGCUUCCUAUCCGAUACCCCGGUGGGGGUAGCGCAUUUCAUCCUGGAGAGGAAAGGCCUGAGUCGACAGAUGAUCGGAGAGUUCCUCGGAAACCGCCAGAAACAGUUUAACCGGGAUGUGCUAGACUGUGUGGUGGAUGAAAUGGAUUUCUCCAACAUGGAUCUGGAUGACGCCCUGAGGAAGUUUCAGGCUCACAUACGCGUUCAAGGGGAGGCUCAGAAGGUGGAAAGGCUCAUCGAAGCGUUCAGCCAGCGGUACUGUGUGUGCAAUCCCGCGCUGGUUCGCCAAUUUCGGAACCCGGACACCAUAUUUAUACUGGCGUUUGCGAUCAUUCUCCUCAACACGGACAUGUACAGUCCGAGCGUCAAGGCUGAGCGCAAGAUGAAAUUGGAUGACUUCAUCAAGAAUCUGCGUGGGGUGGAUAAUGGGGAGGACAUUCCCCGGGACUUGCUAGUGGGAAUAUAUCAGCGGAUCCAAGGUCGAGAGCUGAGAACAAACGAUGAUCAUGUAUCUCAGGUGCAAGCCGUGGAGAGGAUGAUUGUUGGAAAGAAGCCGGUACUUUCUCUUCCACAUCGGCGUCUUGUGUGCUGCUGUCAACUCUACGAGGUCCCAGACCCAAAUCGUCCCCAGAGGAUGGGUCUGCACCAGAGGGAGGUCUUCCUCUUCAAUGAUCUUCUGGUGGUGACAAAGAUCUUCCAGAAGAAGAAAAUUUUAGUGACCUACAGCUUCCGGCAGUCCUUUCCACUGGUGGACAUGCAGAUGCAGCUCUUCCAGAACUCCUACUAUCAGAAUGGCAUCAAAUUGCUCUCUGCUGCCCCUGGUGGUGAGAGGAAAGAACUGAUCAUCUUCAACGCUCCAAGUCUUCAGGACCGGUUGAGGUUCACCAGCGACCUACGGGAGUCUAUUGCAGAAGUCCAGGAAAUGGAGAAGUACAGAGUGGAAUCUGAGCUAGAGAAGCAGAAGGGGGUGAUGCGUCCCAACACCUCCCCUGGACCCGGGAUGAAGGAAGCGGUCAAUGGAACUCUAGGCCGGCCAAGUCUGGAUGACACAUAUGCACUAGGUGAAGGUCUGAAGAGAAGUGCCCUCAGCAGCUCCUUAAGAGAUCUCUCUGAUGUUGGUAAGAGAGGGAGGCGUAACAGCGCGGGAUCUCUGGACAGCACCAUUGAAGGAUCUAUCAUUAGCAGCCCUCGCCCCCACCAGAGGCUUCCCGUUCCACCGCCACCUCCACCGGAGGAGUACAAGGCUCCAAGACCAGUGUCCAAUUCUUCCUCUUUCCUGGGUUCUCUGUUCGGAAGCAAGAGAGGGAAGGGGACCUUCCAGAACCUGCCCCCAACCUCGUUGCCGCCGCACCCUCACACUCCUCCAGGAAUGGAUGGACAGUCAAAAAUUCAGGCUCUACAUGCUCAGUACUGCCACAACCAGGGGGUGCUUGCCCAACCCCCACCACCGUAUCACUCCCAGCCGCCGUCUUCUGCGCCACCACAGCCUCCCACUCAGCCUCCUCAUCGUUACCAUGUGCCACCGUCAUCGGCUCAGUUUACGUUGCAGCGCCCUGGACAGCAGAAGAGACCAGCCGUAGGUGCCCCACCCCUGACACCCAGUUCACCUCACCCGCAGUACACCUUGCACGGCCGACACCCUUCGAACCAGCCGCAGUCUCCGUUACCCAUGUACGGAUCUGCGGCCCAGCAUACCAUGACGCACACCUAUCCUCAGCACAUGCACCAGUCUCAGCACUCCAUGCAAAAGCAGCCACCUAAGCACUUUGUAUUUACCCACCACCCUUCCCAGAUUCCUCCACAGCCGCAGCGCCCCCAGCAGGCCCAGUACACUCCCACCCAGUACAAUCCGCAGCACAACCAGUCUCCUUGCUCACCUAUAUCUCCCAUUCCACCACAUCCAUCCUAUCCGCCCCUUCCCCCUCCGUCUCCGCAUACACCUCACACUCCCCUCACGCCACACUCCCCGCUGCCUCCAACCUCACCCCUGCCCCAGCAUGCCUCUCAUCAUCCUAUGGGCACAAAUACAUCGCAGGGUAACCCUAAACAAAAACCAGUCAACAGAAUCAGCACGGUGGUGUAAGAACACUGGCUGUACAGGAUCAGAGGCGAAGGAAUGGCAUGCACAUGGGGAUAUGGACGAAGGCUCCUUGGCUGUUCUACCCCCCCUUCCCGGCUCCAUCAGCGCUCCUUGGCAUUUAAGAGCCACGGCCGGUGACUAUAUUCAUUCACUGGGACUAUGUUUCUGACAUGUGAAGAAGUGACUAUGUCCUAAUAUAUGCACCACCCUUGCAUUUCCUUUCCCUGCUCAGAAGUCCCCUUUUUGUCGGGCGUUACUCGUUUCUUAAAGGGCCAGUUUAGAGUUGGCAGAGCCAUUUGAAUGGGCGAGUGUCCGAAUAUGUUGCAAGCAGAUUAAUGCACCUCCAUGAUGAAGGCGUGCCUGGUGAGAGCGUGCUUGUGUAUUAGAAGGUCAUGAGACUAACGGGUCCGGGCCGACCCUGCUGCUAGGGGCCUGCCAAUGCGAGCGUGAUGAACAGGUGGAGUGGGCACAAGGGGCAAGCAUGGGCACUAGAACAUUCACUCCAGGUACUGCGACUACCUUCUUCUCCCAGCCCAGUGCCAUCCAUGCAUCAUGUCAAAGGGGAGGCCUUGUAUUUUUUUGUUCUGAUUGGACUCUCAUUAAACGCUCCCUGUAUAUGUGCAGUCCAGGGUAUAUACCACUAAACGACGCAGGGAAUGGACCCCGUUAAACAGCAUUAACAAAAAGUGUAUAUAGCAAGAUAAAAAAAAAGUUUUGGGCA